UCUCGGUGAUGGACGGACCGAGCUGCCGAAACAAAAGCGGCCAGUUAGCAUUUAGCACUUAGCCCAAGUCCACAAGAACGAGAACGAUGGAACCGUGCGGCCCGAACCCGCUGGCCCACUCGACGGACAACUCGUACAAAAUGAGCGACGAUGACGUCAGGAGGCUGAUCGAGUUCCGAGCCUCCAACGAGCUUCUCUUCACCGGAAGGCGGAACUCCGCCAAGGUGGCCUGGAGCACCAUCUUGAGGGCUUUGGACCUGCAGGGGAAGCUGACAGCUGAGCAGAUCGCCAAAAAGUGGGACAAUCUGCGCACCAAAUACAAGGACCUCAAGCAGCCCCACCAAUCAGCAGGUCAGGAGCAGCCGGAGGGCGUGGCCGAUUCGUGGCCGUGGUUCCGCGUGAUGGACGACGCCAUGCGAGGUCGCCUGUACAACAGUCACAUGGCGCUCAGCGCUCCAAACGACAACAGUGACGACAUUCUGGAGUUCCUCAUCAAGACCGAGAUGGAGGACUCGGGGGCCGCCGCCGUGCCUGCCGAGGGCCCCCCCGUGGGCUGGAGGAGGAUGGGCGAGUGCUCCUACAAAAUGUCCGAAGCGGAGACUGAGCGCCUCAUCAAGGUCCGCGCCGCCAACGAGGCCAUGUUCACUGGCAGGAAGCACUCGGCCAAGCCGGCGUGGAGGGCCGUGCUUCAGGAGCUGGGCCUGCAGGGCAAGCUGAGCACCGAGCAGCUGGCCAAGAAGUGGGACAACCUGAAGAGGAGGUACAAGGAGCUGAAGUUUCCCCCGCACGGCGCGGAGUCCAACCCGAGCUCGUGGCCGUGGUUCCACCUCAUGAACGAUGCCGCGGAGGGACGGCUGGCCGGCGCCGCGCCCGUCCUCGCGCCCGUCGCCGACGAGGAAGACGAGGACGACGACUGCGAGAUGCUGACGCCCGCGCCCGGGAAGCGAGCCCGCAGGAGUCGCGCGGGCAUGGCCGACUUCCUCACCGAGUCGGAGAUGGACCUGCUGGUCCGCGCCGACGGCAAAAACGCAUCCUCGGCGUCGGGAGACCUCCGGCGGAUGUCCGAGUUCAGCUACAAACUGACGGAAGACGACAUCCGAAAACUGGUGGAGCUGCGAGCGGCCAACGAGGCGCUCUUCACGGGACGCAGGAACAGCGCCAAGCCCGCCUGGAGGGGCAUCGUGGAGGAGAUGGGCCUGACAGGAAAGAUCACGCCGGACCAGGUGGCCAAGAAGUGGGACAACCUGAAGACAAAGUUCAAGGACCUAAAGUUCCCCCCGCGGGGCGUGGAGCCUCAGGGCGGGGCGGCGUCCUGGCCGUGGUUCCAGCUGAUGAACGACGCCUUAGAGGGCCGCCUGGCGGGCGGCGGCGCCCGCGCGGCGCCGGUGUGGACCGGCGACGAGGACGCCGUCGUCUCGAGCUGGCUCCCCUCCGUUGACGGCCACGGGGCGGAGGCGGGCGACGCCCGAGAACACGCGGACCUCUGCGGGUCGGACCCAAACGUCACCUACAUCGACGCGAGCGGCGAGGAAUGCUCCACCCCUACGGAGAUCUCCUACAAAAUGAGCGAGCAGGACACUCGGCGCUUGAUCACGCUCAGAGCCGCCAACGAGGUUUUGUUCACCGGAAAGAGAAACGCCGCCAAGGCUGCUUGGAAGGCCAUCAUUCAGCAGCUGAAUCUCCAGGGGAAGGUUUCCACGUACCAGGUGGCCAAGAAGUGGGACAAUCUCAAACGCAGGUUCAAGGACCUGAAGUACCCCCCGGCGGGCAUGGAGAACACGACGGAGAGCGCCGCGUCCUGGCCGUGGUUCCACUUGAUGAAUGACGCCAUGGAAGGUCGCUUGGUGUGCGGCACCCCACUAAUGCCGCCCGUCACGCUGGAGCCCAUCGCCGCGCGCUGCCCCCCUUCGCCGCCGGCCUCCGACUCCGGACUGGAGUCUCCGGCGGGCGUCGGCGAGCCGAACCGCUUUGAGCUGGAGCGUCAGCGCCAGAUCCUGGAGGGAGAGCGGGCGGCGCUGGAACGAGAGCGGGCGGCGGUCCGGGCGGAGAGAACGCAGCUGGAGAGGGAGCGCGCCCUGCUGGAGCAAGAGAGGGCGGCGCUCGACCGAGAGAGGGACCUUCUGCACCGGCCCCACUCUGGACGCAACGGCGCUGUUUUGUAGCCGUCGCUCGCUGGGUAGUCGACGUUAGCGAUGCGACGUUGACCUGCCUGUCGGCGAACGCUCCUGGCUAGCGGUGGUGCGUAAAAGUGUGAUGCUGGCCGGACACACGUCGCUAUGCUGAUGCCUCCUAAAAAUAAAUUGUCGACAGGGGUUGCAGGUCCAAAUUGAGCUUUUUUUUUUUUUUUUUUUUUUUUGCCCUUGAAAAGUGGUCGGCGGGGGCGGGGCCGAGUCGGUGGUAUCAAAUGGCCGUCCGCUCCGUUGAAUGCCACCGCCCCCGAGGACCCCUUUUGAUGACGUUCGCGAGGCCGGCCAGCGCUCGCCGCUAUCAUCUCCAUCAGCGAUGUCAUCAGGCGUCUCAUCCUCAAUGAUGUCAUCAUCGGCGUCGUCCCCCCCCCCCCCCCCGGCCAUUUUGGCUUUUUGGCGAGCUGAGGCAGCUUUCGCCGCUUGCCUUUGAAGACAAUUGCCCGCUGGAAGUCGUACAUUUUGUAUUUAUUUCUCUUCGGAAGGAAGCUGGGCUUCACACUGUGCCUCGUGAAUGACUGGCUGCUGAGCGGAGCCAUC